AUGGCUGAAAUCGCGCGCGCCAUUCUUUCAAGACUUUGUAUAUCAUUUAUGAAACUAGGAAGAGGAAAAUGGGAAUUCUAUGCCAUCAAUGAAAAGUUAAGCGAUGACUCCAUAGACGAGAUUAUUCAACGAGUUACUAGUGAGGGUUGGGAGUACCAGCGUGAGCACCACGACCUGGGCUCCCUCGGUGUUGAUCAUCUGUAUAUCCAACGCAGCUACGGGCAUGAUGCCAAAAUAGCGAUAGUAUGGGAUUCCUCGAAGAUUAACGAGGAUUUCCAGACUAUUUUCUGUUGCCAUGAAUCCGCAGAUAUGACUUAUUCAGAAACGCUUCCGACGUUAACUAGCGUUUUUCGGAAUUGGAUCUCUGGCAACUAUCGGAUAAUUAUGCAAGACAUAGUUCUUGGCAAUCCAGAAAAGAUAAGGAUCGCCGAUAGCGUCCUGAAAGAGACCGUGGUAGGAGUUAAAUUGGUAUACAAUGUUGUGACUGAAGCUAAAAACUUGAAAAAGAUCGAGAUUGACGUUGGCCGGGGAGAUGCUUCUUCGUUGUGCAAUACAAAUACUGAUCAUCCGUUGUCUGGCGGCAUUAUCCCUUACAUACAUUCCAAAACAGGUAUGCAUUGUGAUAAGAUACCGCUUUCAGAGAUCAAAUUAUCCAAUGUUGUGACAAUCUUGACCGAUUCAGUAAUACUACACCAGCAUUUUGAUCUUGAAAAGAUUGUAUGCAUUCUUUUUGACUCCGUUAAUAUAUAG